AUGGGUAACAUCUGCUCCCGCUCUUCAAACGAACCCGAGGCCUUCGCCGGGCCCGGUCGAGUCGUCGGUGCCCCACCGGCUGGAUCAUCAAAUGCCCCCCGUGCUUCUGUGCCUGCCAAAGCGAAUUGGAAAAAUAGUCCCGGGCGGACACUCGGGGAGAGCUCCCCGCAACAAGGGGGUAGUGACGAGGCGCGGUCCAAUGCUGCGAUUGCAGCUCAGAAGCGAGCGGAAGCUGCAUCUGCUUCUAGCAAAGGGAAACUCGGCACCAAACUGGCUGCGCAAAAGGCCAAGACUCAGACUCAGACCUUGAAUGAGGUCAGUCAGACGGAGCGGGCUGUGCGGGAUGCUGAUGGCGCGGAAGAGGCUAGACAGUGGAAUUAA